AUGGGCAAGAAGAAAGUGAAGGGUAGCCAGGACCUUACCAGCCUUGCUUCUGACAGUAGCCCAAUUUUGGAGCUUAAAUUUCCAGAAGAGCUGUUUGCGCUAUGCUGCCAUCCAGAACAACCUUUAAUCUUUAGUGGACAAGCUACGGGCCACAUUAUGUGUCACCGAUACGAUGCAAAAGUUUUGCAACAACAAAUGAAACGAAACGAAGAAUCAGCUGUAGAAAAGGAGGUCAAAGAACAGAAACAUGAGCCAAAGAAAAAGUUCUGGGCCGUGGUAGAGGCUAAGGAAGAUGCGAGCUCAGACAUCGCUGGCUUCAAGCUCCAAUGGAAAACGAAAAGGCACAAGGGAAGCGUUCGGGCCAUGUGCCUUGAUGCAGAUGGAUCGCACAUCUACUCUAUAGGUGUUGACUGCGUUUUGAAAAAGGCAAACUCGGAAACCGGGAAAGUGGUGAAAAAGUGUCAGAUUUCUCAAGACAGUAGUGUAAAAUACACUAAGCUUACAAAAUCCAUCCGCCAUAAAAUCUUGCUACUUGGAGAUGAAAAUGGUAACGUUAGUGUGUUGGAUAGCGAAACCCUGCAGUUGAAAAACACCAUUCGCAAGAUUCAUUCUGGAGACGCAAUCAAUGAUAUCUUUCAAUUCACGGGCAAAUCCGAGUACAGAUUCAUAUCGGUUGGUCAAACUACGUUAGCCUAUUGGGAUUCGAGAGAAUCUAAUGAAUCAGACUUCAACAUUCCUGACGACGAUCUCAAUGCGAAGCGUAAGGUGCGUUUGAGCGACGAUCAAGAAGACGAAGUACUGUGUGGUACUUUUGUGGAUCCUCAGAAUGGCGAUACACUCGUGUGUGGCAUGGGAGAAGGUAUACUAACAAUGUGGAAACCCAAAAAAAAUAAUUUGGUAGACCAAAUAAGUCGAAUUAAGGUAAAGAAAAAUGAAAGUCUCGAUUGCAUUGUCCCAACCCUGCAAGACGAUGAUUCCGUUUGGGCUGGGUGUUCGGAUGGCCAGGUUUACAAAGUCAACGUGAAGACCGGUAAAGUUGUCGAAAUACGAAAGCACAGUGGGUUGGACGAGGUUGUCUUUUUGGAUUUAGAUUAUGAGUACCGGUUAGUAUCUGGUGGCAUGGACAAAAUUAAGAUUUGGGAGUUUGUUGGAGAUGACGACGAGACGAAGGAAAGCUCUGGAAGUGAGGUUGAAGAACUAAGUUCUGAUUCUGAUUCUUCAAAUGAGCACUCAGACUCGGACUCCGGCUCUGAAUCUGAAUCUGAAUCUGAAUCCGAACCCAAACCCGAACCCUUGGCUGGAGAAGACGAUAACUCCAGUGAGGAGGGCGAGCUAGUCGGUCUUAGUAAAGAAGAGCUUCUGAAAGAGCUGGAGAAGGACCUUGUUGACAGCGACGAAGAGGAUUCUUCUUUGUCGCGGAAAAGAAGCCCCGACGACAGCGACAGUUCGAAGGUUUCGAAGAAACAGAAACCCAAACAGAAAGCUCUAACGUCGAAACAACUACACAAUCUGCAAAAACAGGCACACGGCAUCAAAAAGUUUGAAGAUCUGUGA